CUUCUGUGGUAGCAUACUGGACAGUCACUGUUGUGGAGAUGAAAUACGAACUUGAGAAGGAUUGAUAGCGGCACCGAAAUAGUUAACAGUCAACGGUUGACAUGUGGUAAGGCGAACAGCCCAACGGCAUACAUCAGGAUGACAGAACCGAGCAUUGAGAAGACCCAUCACCUGAAAACUUCAGAUACCCCAUCAAGUGGGAGAGGAAGAGUUGUGGAGCAUCCCCAAACCAAUGAGAGCCGGGGACUCGAGACUGGCGGUAGGGGGCGAUAUGGAGAUAAACAGCAGCAAGCAGAGAGUGACGGCGGGGUUAUCCCUGCAGACAAGUUGUGGCAAAUGCAAGGCGGGCAGAGGGAGGUGUGUCCAAGAUUCGUUGCCGGAAAUGCACUUCCUAAGUGCCCAGCAGCAACACAGCCUUGCCAGGAACCCGGAGCAGAUGCAGCCGGAGAGGGUGGCCUCGUAGCCCACGGAAAUAGUGGAGAUGGACCGCACGAGGAGACCCUGAGUCAAGUGCAAGGCGAGUGUGGGAAGAGAACAGACUCUGGCUCUCCAGGCGCCGGGGCAGCUGUAGAUGCGCGCCAGGGCAAGAAGAAACACAGGCGCCGACCAUCCAAAAAGAAGCGUCAAUGGAAGCCCUAUUUUAAACUGUCUUGGGAAGAAAAGAAAAAGCUUGACGAGCGAGAGACAGAACGAGCGUCCCGAGUGAGAGCAGAGAUGUUCGCGAAGGGGUUGCCCGUUGCCCCCUACAAUACAACGCAGUUCCUUAUGGAUGAACACGACCGAGAGGAACCGGAUCUGAAUACCGAAAGUGGUCCCCGACGUCUGUUGGGGACUGGUGCUCGCCCAGAGGACACCGCAAGUGAGGACGAGCUUUUCGAUAUGGAGGAGGAGGAGGACUAUGGCAGCGGUGGUGGCAGCGAUGGCAUCGGGAGGCCUGGAAACGCAGGUGGGGAGUUUCUUCAGAGAGACUUUUCCGAGACCUACGAGAAAUACCACAUCGAGAGUCUUCAAAACAUGUCCAAGCAAGAGCUGGUUCAAGAAUACCUGGAGCUGGAGAAGUGCAUGUCGCGUCUGGAGGAAGAGAACACCCGGUUGCGGCGCGUAACCAAUCCGGACAUCACAGAUAGCCAGGUGCCCCAGUCGGAUUCGGCGCGGAUCAGAGAAUUGGAGGGUGAAUUGGAGAGACUGAGGGCGCAGAACAGUGAGCAACGUCCGCAUAACCAGCAGAGCAAGGAGCGGGAGCAGAUUGUCACAUUAGGUGACUAGAAAUGGAUAGAACCAGGUAAAAUAUGGAAAUGAGGGGACUAAACAGGACUUUAAAAAAAAUUGUCACCAGUUUUAUGAAAUCGGUUUGUUAACUCUGGAAGGUUCAGUGACAGUCCGUAAAUUGCGUUGCAAUAUUUGAGCUUUCUUUUCUAUUUGGACUGUAAAGGCGCCUGUUUAAACUUUUUCAAGAAGUAAUGUAUAUAUUUUAAAUUAUUUUCUUUUUUAUAAAGAGAAUGUAUUUGGAAAUACGUUGUUUUUGUUUCCCUGGUAUGCAUGCAUUAAUAUACUCUAUCCCACAAUUUAUUAAAUCAGCAGGACUGUUUGUCCAAAUGUAACAUUUGUUAAAAAAUGCUUCUUUCGAGAAUUUCAAAUAACUUUCCCAAAAUUAAAUGUGCAAAUUAACAUGUACACAAUUGUUUUUUUUCGUAGGGGGUAAAUAAAGAUUUUGCCUGAUACCAA